AUGGCAGGCCAUCAUGUACUAGGUCUGCAUGAGGGUAUGACAGGCCAUCAUGUAUUAGGUCUGCAUGAGUGUAUGAGAGGCCAUCAUGUAUUAGGUCUGCAUGAGGGUAUGAGAGGCCAUCAUGUAUUAGGUCUGCAUGAGGGUAUGAGAGGCCAUCAUGUAUUAGGUCUGCAUGAGGGUAUGGCAAGCCAUCAUGUAUUAGGUCUGCAUGAGGGUAUGGCAAGCCAUCAUGUAUUAGGUCUGCAUGAGGGUAUAAGAGGCCAUCAUGUAUUAGGUCUGCAUGAGUGUAUGAGAUGCCAUCAUGUAUUAGGUAUGCAUGAGGGUAUUGCAGGUCAUCAUGUAUUAGGUCUGCAUGAGGGUAUGGCAGGCCAUCAUAUAUUAGGUCUGCAUGAGGGUAUGAGGGGCCAUCAUAUAUUAGGUCUGCAUGAGGGUAUGAGAGGCCAUCAUGUAUUAGGUCUGCAUGAGGGUAUGAGAGGCCAUCAUGUAUUAGGUCUGCAUAAGUGUAUGGCGGGACGUCAGGUAUUAGGUCUGCAUGAGGGUAUGACAGGCCGUCAUGCAUUAGGUCCGCAUGAAAUUAUGGCAGGACGUCAUGUGUUAGGUCUGCAUGAGGGUAUGGCAGGCCAUCAUGUAUUAGGUCUGCAUGAGGGUAUGAGAGGCCAUCAUGUAUUAGGUCUGCAUGAGGGUAUGAGAGGCCAUCAUGUUUUAGGUCUGCAUGAGGGUAUGAGAGGCCAUCAUGUAUUAGGUCUGCAUGAGGGUAUGAGAGGCCAUCAUGUAUUAGGUCUGCAUGAGGGUAUUGCAGGCCAUCAUGUAUUAGGUCUGCAUGAGGGUAUGGCAGGCCAUCAUGUAUUAGGUCUGCAUGAGGGUAUGAGAGGCCAUCAUGUAUUAGGUCUGCAUGAGUGUAUGAGAGGCCAUCAUGUAUUAGGUAUGCAUGAGUGUAUGAGAGGCCAUCAUGUAUUAGGUAUGCAUGAGGGUAUUGCAGGCCAUCAUGUAUUAGGUCUGCAUGAGGGUAUGGCAGGCCAUCAUAUAUUAGGUCUGCAUGAGGGUAUGAGAGGCCAUCAUAUAUUAGUUCUUCAUGAGUGUAUGAGAGGCCAUCAUGUAUUAGGUCUGCAUGAGGGUAUGACAGGCCAUCAUGUAUUAGGUCUGCAUAAGUGUAUGUCGGGACGUCAGGUAUUAGGUCUGCAUGAGGGUAAUGCAGGCCGUCAUGCAUUAGGUCCGCAUAAAGUUAUGGCAGGACGUCAUGUGUUAGGUCUGCAUGAGGGUAUGAGAGGCCAUCAUGUAUUAGGUAUGCAUGAGGGUAUGAGAGGCCAUCAUGUAUUAGGUCUGCAUGAGGGUAUGAGAGGCCAUCAUGUAUUAGGUAUGCAUGAGGGUAUGAGAGGCCAUCAUGUAUUAGGUAUGCAUGAGGGUAUGAGAGGCCAUCAUGUAUUAGGUCUGCAUGAGGGUAUGAGAGGCCAUCAUGUAUUAGGUCUGCAUGAGGGUAUGAAAGGCCAUCACGUAUUAGGUCUGCAUGAGGGUAUAAGAGGCCAUCAUGUAUUAGGUCUGCAUGAGGGUAUGAGAGGCCAUCAUGUAUUAGGUAUGCAUGAGGGUAUGAGAGGCCAUCAUGUAUUAGGUAUGCAUGAGGGUAUGAGAGGCAUCAUGUAUUAG